AUGGACAACGUCAACUGUCAAUAUUGCUAUUGUUUAUUUAUACUCUGUAAUCUGUGUUUAUUUAUUUACUUAACGUUAACGAUAUUUCGUUCAUUUCGUGUUUUUUUGGAGUUUCCAUCAAUAAAGAAGUGAAAAAAGUGAAGAAGACAUGCCUAACAAAUGCUUUUUGUGUGGUUUCACAUAUAUUGUGGGAGGUGAAAUCAGUCUUCACACUCUCCCUACGAAACCAUCCGAGAGAAAAAUUUGGUUGCAGAGAAUAUCUUGGAAGGAACCAUUGUGUGAAAAUAAAAAAUACUACUUGUGUUCCAAUCAUUUUCCUGAACAUUGCUUCAUAAAAAUAAACUCGAGGAAGAGGCUUAUCAGAGGAAGUUUACCUUAUACAAUAAACUUCCAAAUACCUCUGGUCCACUCAGAUGACGGAAUCAUUCAGAAUUGUGACUCUUCAGAUUUUCAAUCUUGUACUGAAGCUUCAUCUCUAUCAAGGAUACCAUUGAGUUCCAACACCUCGCCUCUCAACACCUCUGAAAGACUUGAUACAAAUGCAUUCACUUGCCAAUUAAUAAUCAAAGAUGAAAUUUCUGAUUCAGAAAGAACUUGGACUUUAACAUCCCCUUCAAAAUGUGGAUCUGUUUGCUCUAAUCAAUCAAUAAACAAAGAUGAAAUUUCUGAUUCAGAAAGAACUUGGACCUUAACCUCCCCUUCAAAAUGUGGAUCUUUUUGCUCUAGUAUCACUUAUUACUCAGAAGAACAAAUAAUUAAAAAAAUAAGGAAGAAACGGUUUCUCUCAAAUCCCCGCUAUAUUGGAGAUUAUACAUAUCGUCAUAUGGAAAACCCCACUCUGCGGAAAAAGUUUUUGAGGCUAUCUCAGAGAACCAUAUCAGAUUUGAAGAAACGAAAUAAUACAUUGACAAGGCAAGUGAGGCGUCUUAAAAACACCAUAAGGAAAUUACAAGAACUGGCUAAGAAUGUCCGUUGAAAUUUUCCAGUAGGAGAGGAUAUGGAAAAUGUAUUGAAUUUAUCAAUUUCCGGAUCAACAAGGCGGAUAUUUUAAAGACUUCCAAGGGGGCCAAAACGUCAAAAAUAUUAAGAGGCUCUGAGAGCAUUUGCUCUAACACUUCAUUACUACUCUCCUCAAGCAUACCUGAACCACGUACUUGCAAAAAUGGUAUAGUGACAUAAAUGGUGGGCCAGGAUUCAGUAGCAAUAACACAGAAAGUUUCAAAAGCUAAGAGCAAUAGUAAAGAAUUGAUUGGUGCUCUUCUAAUGAAUGAGAUUUCUAUUAGAAAAUUGAUUGAAUGGAUGAGGAUGAAUUGAAAGGAAUUGCUGAUUUCUGAAAAUGGAAGAAGCCAAGAAAGUCCUAGUUUUCAUGGUUGUUUUUUUAAAUGAAAACCAUUAAGUCCCUGUAGCCUACUUUUCCACAAAUGGUGUGUGUGCCAAAGAUAAAGCCUCUAUUUUGGCAAGGUGAAAAAACUGAAUUAAGGAUAGCAACCAUUACUUGUGAUGGUUUACCAUCUCAUUCCAAAAAUGUCUUCUGGGUGAAGACUUUUCCAAUAAGGAAUCUUUGAAAACCUGAUUUUUAUAUUCAUCUGGUGAUCAGUACUGAAAUAUAUAUUUUAUAUUGGA